UCUCUCCUCUCUCUUCUCUGUCUCUCUCUCUCCUCCUAGAUUUGAAUAUAUGGGUCCUUCUCCUACUAAACCUGCCAUUUGCUUCCUUAUUUUUCUUACCUUUCAUAUUUGCUUGAAGCUUAAAUUGUGACUAGAGUAUUUGAUCUUCAUAUUGCUAAGAUCUAGACCUUUUCAGCAUCAGAUUUGAUUUUCACCUAUUUGUUAAAAUUUAUAUAAAUUGGGAAUAUAGAGAUCUACUUUGUUUAUAUGUGUAUCAGCCACGUUUGGUUGCCGAGAAAAUGUGGGAAAUGGAAUGAAUUUCAACGGCAAAUCACAUCUACCUGUCCCGGAUUUUAGGAUUUGGCUCGGUUGAUUUGAGAUCUCCAUUUUUUUUUAUGAAUACAGCGGAAGAGAAAGGAUGCAAACAUUUUCCCCCGUUCUUUUCCUCCAUUUUUCUGCAUCCAAUCAGCGGUUGAUGUUCGUAACUGAUGGGAAUACCCAUUCGAUGCUUCCUGAUGAUCUUUCUCAUGGAUGAUGAUGCAUUGAACAUGCGCAAUUGGGGUUACUAUGAGCCGUCCUUUAAAGGGCAUCUUGGUCUGCAGCUGAUGUCAACCAUGGCAGACCGUGACACAAAACAUUUUCUUCCCGGUCGUGACCCCAAUAGCAUUAUGGUUAACACAGCAAAUGGAAACUUUCAUCCCCGGGAUUGUGUUGUUUCUGAAGCUUCUGUCCCCAUGAACUAUGUGAGAGACAGUUGGGCAAACCAGAGAGACAAGUUUCUCAAUAUGUUGCCUGCUAAUCCUAAUUAUGGCGUUCUCCCAGAAACUUCUGGAGCUCACUCCUUACAGAUUUUACAACCACAGGAUCCAUCAAUGGAUGAGAGAGUGGUUAAAAUUGAAGAGCCUCUUGUUAAAAGUGAGGGUGGCCAAAUGAAGAAAAGGCAGAGUGGAGGUGCCCCAAAAACACCAAGAGCGAAAAAGCCUAGGAAGCCAAGGGAUAAUAACAAUCCUUCGGUUCAGCGUGUGAAGCCAGUGAAAAAGAAUAUGGAUGUUGUUAUAAAUGGGAUUGAUAUGGACAUCUCGGGUAUUCCUAUUCCGGUUUGCUCAUGUACUGGAACUCCCCAACAAUGUUAUCGUUGGGGCUGUGGUGGUUGGCAGUCGGCUUGUUGUACCACAAAUGUGUCUAUGUAUCCUUUGCCAAUGAGUACCAAAAGGCGUGGUGCCAGGAUUGCUGGCCGUAAAAUGAGCCAGGGCGCAUUUAAGAAGGUGUUGGAGAGAUUAGCAGCUGAUGGUUAUAAUUUUUCUAACCCAAUUGAUCUGAGGACUCACUGGGCAAGACAUGGGACCAACAAGUUCGUCACUAUCAGGUAGAGUUAUAUGGAUGGUGCCAUUAGUGGGAUUCACAUUGCAUUAGGUCUGCUUUCAUAUGUGUAUAUAUAUGUGGCCUUUUGCAGAUAUCUGCCUGUUACUAUGUAGUCCAUGAGUUUUCAGUGUCACUGAAGCAUUCGCAAAAUUCAGGCAUCUGGUCUGGGUUCCAUUUUUUCUUUUUACUUGUUUUGUUUCUGCUUAUGUGGUAAAGGCGACCUGAAAACUUUGGCCACCAGGAUUUAUUCAAGAGUUGUCAUUUGUUGGACCAUUACUUUUAUAUAAUUUCUUUUCAGCUGUCAA